AUGCGACCACAAACAGCUGCUCUUUAUACCGUGGGUGCUCUUACUGCAGUCGGUCUCGGCUAUGUCGUCUACUUUGAUUACAAGCGUCGCAGCGAUCCCAACUUUCGCAAAAACUUGAAACGUCAACGCAAGCAAGCUGCCAAGGUUGCAAAGGCUCAAGAAGAAGACGACAAGAAUGCAAAGAUCAAGCUCAUUGAAAAGGUCAUUGUUGCUGCUGCUCAAGAAACCUAUCCAACCACACCCGAGGAAAGAGAAAAGUAUUUCAUGGAACAAGUUGCAGCUGGUGAGGCUUUGUGCGGUCAAGGUCCUGAGCAAUAUGAAAAUGCCAUCUUGCCAUUCUACAAGGCCCUCAAGGUUUACCCCGCACCUAUGGAGCUUGUCAUGAUCUAUCAAAAGACUGUCCCCGAACCUGUAUUCACUACCAUUGUUAACAUUUUGGCUAUCGAGCAACAAGCCAUGGAAGCAAAUGGUGCCGCCGCCGCUUCUUCUGGAACUGCUGAGGAGGCAGCAGCAGCAGCAGCCACUGGUGCUGAACCCGAGAUCCCUAUCGACAACUAA